CCUAUUACCGUACCAAUACGUUCCAUUCCUUAAAGGCAAAAUUAAGUCUCAAAAAUUAAGUAUUCAAUAUUUUUGCUUGUGUUUUUCAUAAUACUCUGUGGAUCAAAUGACUUCAAAUGUGGUUAUUCGGAUAAACAAAUGGAAUCGAUUGCAUUGUACUCGGCGAGUUUCAAACCAGCCCUGCCCGUCUAUUGUUCCGCAUCAUUUUCGAUCACAAAUAUAACGGACAAAUUAAAAGUGAAACAUUUGAAAGUUGGUGGAUAUUUGAUAGACGAAAUAAAUGAAUUGAUUCAAGACUAUCCAAAUCUAGAUUCGUUGGACAUUUCAUAUUCGGGCAUCGAUUAUUUCAUACUACAACAUAAACAUUUGGUGAAAUUGAAUGCAACCCACAAUCAAUUGUUGCAUUAUCCGUUUGAAUUUCAUUUGAAAAUGUCGAAUCUAUCUGAAAUAGACUUUUCCUACAACAGUUUAACAAGUGUGACGAAUUUUUUAUCCGUAAAAUGCGAACGCGUCCAUAUGUCACACAAUAACAUAUCAUCAUUGGAUGGGGCGGUCUUCCAAGAUCUCAUAAAAUUGCGAUUUUUAGACUUGAGCCACAAUUCAAUUGUAUCUAUUGAUUUCAAUAUGUUUGAUGGUAAUCGCGCCUUGGAAACACUACGACUGGAGGCCAAUCCAAUUUCAAAGUUCGAUUGUGAUAUUCUAUCGUUGGUGAAGCGUGGAGUUUCGGUAUAUUUUUCCUGGAUGAAUAUCAUCGAUUUAAACGAAGAGUGCAGCGAUCAUCAAAUUCGUGUCGUUUCAAGGAGUCGAGACGAAGGCUACUUACACGCAUCGGAUGGAACAAUCGAAUUACAUUGCAAUGAACAAAGUGUUAAACAAUUCCAGAAAAUUGAGAUUAGACGCGAAAACUUUGAAAAUCCUGCCGAAAUCAUAAAUUGUUUGACUGAAGAGCUCACCGAAUUAAGUAUAUACGGUCCCAUUAUGGAAAAGAUGGACUCCAAUUUAUUCCAUCGAUUCGUCAAUUUAACUUAUUUUGGUAUACAAAAUGCAGAGCUAUUUGAAUUGGAUUUGAGCAUAUUGAAACGUAUGAACCUGUUGGACACGCUCGAAAUCCGGAACAAUGGCCUAAAAGUGAUGAGAAAUAUGUCAUAUUUGCAGGCAAUUGACAACAUACAACAUGUUCGCAUCAACGAAAAUCAAUUGGAAAAUACGUUAGAGAUAAUCCAGUAUUUAAAACCAUCAGUUCAGAUUCUGUCUCUAUCACACAGUUACAUAGGACCGAUAAAUACCUCUUCGUUUGCAAAAUUGACCAAUUUACAAAAUUUAUAUUUGAAUAAUGUAAGUCUUCCGUUCGUCGAGAAUCAAAACCCAUUUGAACCACUUAAGAAAUUGACAGAACUUGAAAUUGACCACAACACCAACCUACAAAAUGUUAAUUUUGCCUUGCUAUCACCGACGUUGACAUCGUUGAACAUCUUUUCCGCUGAAUUUUGCCAAAUCAACAAUGCUUCUGAUAUGAUGAAUCUAUUGGGACCAUCAAUUGUAGACCUGAGAUUAUCCGGAAAUAAUGUGGGUGAAAUAAAUAGGAAAACCUUUGAAAAGAUGACUUCAUUGAAUAUUCUAUUUUUGAAAAACACCAAUUUAUCAUUUAUCCAAUCGAAUCCAUUUGAACCAAUAAAAAAUCUUCAAUAUCUUUACAUUUCGGACAACAAUUUACAAAGCAUCAACUUCUCUAUGCUAUCGUCAACUUUGCAAAAUUUAUUCGGUUUCCAUGUUGCCAACUGUAAUAUUACGAAUGCUUCAGAUGUAAUUAAAUACUUGGAUAUGUCCCUUCAUCGGCUCGACCUACAUGGAAAUUUAUUGGGAGAAGUUGAUUCAAGCACAUUUAAGACGGUGACAAAUUUGCAGGAAUUGGAUUUGAGUGAGAUGGGCUUAUCAAACUUCGACUUUAGUAUACUUCAACAGCAACGCCGCCUGACACAUCUGAAUAUAUCUAACAACAAUUUAAAGCGUGCAAACUUUACAUCGCUACCCAGAAUGACAGCACUUUAUUUGCAUGGCAACGAUUUGACUGAAUUGGACACCUUGAUUAAUGCUCGUACUUCAAGCCUCACCAAAUUAUCAAUUUCACUGAAUCGCUUUUCGUGUGAAUAUCUGAGAGUACUAUUGCUACAAUUGAAACUUAAAUGGCCCAGUUUGGAAUAUGGUGAUGAUGAUCCGUGGCGACAAAAACAUGGAAUAAAUUGUAGUCUUACAAAUCAAAGUACUAUCGUGCCGAUUAGUAUGACUAAUACGAACAUCAAAAUUCUCAUCACGAUUAUCGUUCCAAUCGUGUUGAUUAUAUUGACUGCGACCAUAGUUUUCGUUUUUUGGAGACAAUGCUGUAGAAAGGCUACGUCAAAUGAAUAUGCUGCACCCAGAAUAGUACACACACCAAACGGAGAAAACGGAAUAGAAAUGGCUGAAAUGCCUCCUGAAAUAACAACAGCGUCCACAUCCCACGAAGAUCACAUUUAUGAAGAGAUCUCCGAGAGGGAAGAUCCUUAUGAUCAUCUUAGAUUCCCAUACAACCCCAUGCCCAUUUUAACCGACACUCAUUAUCACAAUUUUUUGAUUCUAGAUGGAAAAUAUAAACGAACUAUAUUAGAGUGAAUAAUGAUAAUGUUGUUGAAUUAAGUUGUAUUAAACAAUCUACUUACAAUGUAUAGACACUAAUAAGACAGAAUCAGUUUAUGUAUGUAUCUUUAUGGCCUUUGGUCAUCCUUGAAAGGAGGAUUUGUUUUUUCAUGUUCAUCAUCUCGCUAAUAAAUACAUCACUCUACUGAUGGAUCAUAAAUCAGCAUGGAGCAUUAAUUCUUGCAAAUUAUUAAAUGGACAAAAAUCAUUUUGAAAAUAUUUAUUAUUUUCAUUGCAGUAAUGCUCUAGGAGCUUCUCUUUUUGACCAAUAGCACUAUAAAGUACAUCCUUCUCUAGAAGCAAAGGUGAAUAUUCAAAAGAUGAUUCAAG